CCCGCGGGGCAAAGUCUCCUGGUCCAAGACGCCUAACCCCAGGCGAGAUGGGUGUGCUGGGCCUGCCCCUGCUGUGGCUACAGCUCUGCGCGCUGACACGGGCCUCCUACAAACUCUGGGUCCCCAACACUGACUUCGACGACGCCGCCAACUGGAGCCGGAACCGAACCCCGUGCGCAGGCGCCGCCGUCCAGUUCCCCGCGGACAAGAUGGUGUCAGUCCUGGUGCGAGAAGGUCACAGCAUCUCGGACAUGCUCCUGCCGCUGGACGGGGAACUCGUCCUGGCCUCAGGAGCUGGAUUCAGCGCCAAGGACCCCAGCUCAAACUUGGACUGUAGCACAGGCGCCUCCGCGCUCUUCCUCGACCCGGACCGCUUCUCGUGGCACGACCCUCACCUGUGGCGCUCCGGGGACGCGGCGCGCGGUCUCUUCUCUGUGGACGCCGAGCGCGUGCCCUGCCGCCACGACGACGUCGUCUUCCCGUCCAACGCCUCCUUUCGGGUGGGCCUCGGCCCGGGAGUCGGCACCGUGAGGGUCUGCAGCGUGCGGGCUCUGGGCCAGACAUUCACCCGCGACGAGGACCUGGCUGCUUUCCUGGCGUCUCGCGCCGGCCGCCUGCGCUUCCAUGGGUUCGGCGCGCUGAGCGUGGGCCCAGAUGCCUGCGACGAUCCGUCGGGCUGCGUCUGUGGCAAUGCCGAGGUGCUGCCGUGGAUCUGUGCGGCACUGCUCCAGCCCCUGGGCGGCCGCUGCCCCCAGGCCGCUUGCCAAGACGCCCUCCGGCCUGAAGGGCAGUGCUGCGACCUCUGUGGAGCCAUCGUGUCGCUGACCCAUGGCCCCACCUUUGACCUAGAGCGGUACCGGGCGCGGCUACUGCACACAUUCCUGGCCCUGCCCCAGUACCAGGGGCUGCAAAUGGCCGUGUCCAAGGUGCCACGCCAGCCCCGGCUCCGCGAGGGCGCAGGCGAGAAGUCGGACACGGACAUCCAGGUGGUGCUGGUGGAGACCGGGCCCGUGACGGGAGGCGCGGGGCGGCUGGCCCGGGCCCUUUUAGCGGACAUCGCGGAGCACGGCGAGCCCCUCGGGGUUCUGUCGGCAACUGUCCGGGAGUCGGGCGCGUCCGUCGGAGGCGGCCCGGUGGCGGUGCUGUACGCGCCGGGGCUGGCAGGCGGCGUGGCCGCGCUGCUCCUAUUGCUACUGGCGCUGCUGGCGGGGGCGCUGUUGCUGCAACGCGCCGGGAGGCUCAGGUGGAGGAGGCGCGGCGAGGCGGCUCCCGCGGCGUCUGGGGCGCCUCUGGGCUUCCACAACCCGGUGUUCUACAUGGCGGACUCAGCGGAGGCGGUNNNGGCCCCGCAGCCGGACGUCAGGAGCUCCAGCCGCAGCUACUUCGUUAAUCCGCUGUUCGGCGAAGCAGAGGCCGAGGCCUGAGCUGCGUAACCGGCCCGUCCCGCGGGCCUUGCGGGAUCCCCACCCCCUCCGCUCCCCCCGCCUCCUCCGCUGGUCAAGGAUAGGGUGGCCUUGCCCAAUAAAGGGCUUUCCUGCACCUGUGUCA